AUGGACGCUGUAGAACCCAAGAGAAGCAUCUUACUGCCCAGCAGAGCAGAGCAAGCAGGUGGCGACAACGUCAGGAUCGUCGAAAGCGAACUGCCGGAUCGGCGCGAGCGUGGUCGCUCGCGCGAGAAGCUAGGAACGCCGCGCAGCGGUGUGUCGCGGUCACGGUCGAGGACCGGCAGCAGGCUGCGGGUCGAUAGCGACACGCAUCUGAGGUGGACAGUGCUGCGGCACGACCCGUCCGAACGGCUACACGAGAGCGGCGCCAGCCACACCAGUGGGCGGAGCGCAGACCGCGCAGACGACCAGCUCGAGGACGGCGAGCUCGAGGACCUGAGCGACGAGGAGCAAGUCAGCGACGUCGACGACGACGUCGACAUUGACGCGGCCAUGGACUACGACCAGGGCUCGCGCGUGCUGCCCAAUUUCACAACUAGCAUCUGGAAAGUGCUCGAGGCUGAGAAGGCGUGGGUCGCGAGUUUCGAGCACGAGCGCCCGGGCCACGGCGAGCGCUCAGACACACUCCAUUGCGGGCCCGUGCGCGUCGACGACCUGCCCGGUGGGUACGCGCGCGCAGCGCAGGUGGUAUCAAGUGGCUCCCACACGCAGGGCCCAGCUCCGGGGACCGACCCAGACACGGACCCGGUGCCCGCGCCGCGCGCGAACGCCGCAGACGCCGAUUCGGCCGCUGCUGCGAGCCCCACGGGCGCUCGCUACGUGCUCUAUCUGGACUUGACCAGCGAGUCCUUCUACGCAUUCGUUUACACCGUGGGGUCCGUGCUGUGCGCCGGCGACACGCUCUACGUCGUGCACUCUGCGCCGUCCGCAGCCCACGACCAACUGCGUGCCAACCUCGCGCGUCUGCGCUCGUCCGCUGCCUACCUGCUGGACUGCGCCGGUGCCGUGCUCGAGCGCGUGCACAUCGUCCUGCUCUCAGUGUCGCAUCCGUACCAAAAGCAUUUGCUCAACGAGCUGGUGGUCGCCUUGCAGCCCACCGCCUUGUGCGUCCCGCUCUCGCUCGUACUCUCGUCUCUACAGAACUACGUGUGUCCGGUGCCCACAAUCGUCAUCCGUCGCAAACUGAAGCGUAGCAAGAAGAAAGGUAUAUAUGACUAA